AUGGCCACUAACCUGAACGGAAAGAUAAAUAUAAUCUACAGUGAGCUAAUGAGGAAGUUCAAUGCUCUAAGUGAGCACAUUAAGAGACUGGACAGUCGUCUCCCUGGGAGAACUGACGCAAAUCUAAAAUGUCAAGUUAAUUCUGUGUUACUAAGAAGCAGAAAACGUUUCACCCCGAACACCAUAGAAAUUAACUUUGCGGAAAAACCCGGUGAAGUUGAGAAAACCAGCGAAAAACCUUCUCGAGAAAAGGAACGGUCCAACACUGGAGAAGCUGAGAAGGCGACGAUCAACCUCGAUGAAGAAGAGGAGGAGGACGAAGAAGAUGUGGAAAUCGAUAGACAAGAAAGGAACAACGUCAAUCGACUGACUUCGGAAGUAAGUGCUAUAAUCCAAGGCGAUACCCCGAUCAAGAGACCUGAUCCUGGCAGAUUUGUUCUAGAUUGCAACAUACGAAAUAAAAAAUUUUCUCGAUCCUUUUCUGAACUAGAUUCCCGCAUAAAUCUCAUGCCGCACUCUGUUGCGAUAUCACUGGGAUACAACGAGUUUAAACCAACCAAAAUAACCUUGGUUCUUGCUGACAGAUCCGUUAGAGUACCUGAAGGAGUACUAGAUGACGUGCCAAUAAAGAUUGACGACUGUCAUGUACCAACGGAUUUCGUUGUGUUGAAAUACCAGAAUGAACCGAAAGACCCCCUAAUUUUAGGUACACCAUUUCUAGCCACGGCUGGUGCGAUCAUCGAUGUCAAAGAAGGUCAGAUAUGUUUAAACAUUGGAAGCAUCCCAAUGACCUUCGAUAUGGAAAAACUGAUAAGACGACCUUUAAUCGACAAACAAGCCUUUUAUGUGGAUGAUAUCUCUGAGUUGGCUGAAGAAUCUUUCAUAGACCUAUGCUCAAAUAAUCCCCUGGAAAAGUGCUUACAUUCACUGAAAAGGAAAUGUUCAGCAUCGACAGCAGGGCUGAUGAAUACGCACGAUUAA